AAAAGCUUCCAGAAACUCGCCAACACAUACAAAGCCAGAAAACAAACGUUAGAGAUGCUGUUCACCAAGAAAGGAAGCAGGAGCCUUUCUUCUUCGUUCAUGGCUCCUUCACUCUCCUCUCUUUUACUCUCCCACUCUCACCCUUUCUUCCCUUCUAACCCUAACCCUAAUUUCACCCGCCGGUACAUGCUCCCUCAGUGCACCCAAAUUCUUUCCUGCGCCGCCAAGGAUUCCUCCCCAGAACCGAACGUCGCCUCGGAGAAGAAAUCCUUUGCCGUGGCCACCGGGGAGCUCUUCCUAGGACUGGCCUCGCGGAUCCUCAUCAGAAGACCAAAGAAAGGCCCGAAUGGUGAGACGGCGUCGGUGACGAUGUUCAAUGACACCGUGUCUUCCGAGGAGAGGAUUGGGGCGGUGAUGGAGGACGAGAUUGAGCCACAAGUGAUAUGGGAGCAGCGCGUGAAGGACGUGGAAGCCGAGCGUGAACGCCGUGUCGUUACGAGUCCUGGGUUCAGCUUCUCGGCUGCUGGGCUUUUGUUUCCGUACCAUCUUGGCGUCGCUCAGUUUCUCAUUGAGAAGGGUUAUAUCAAGGAAACCACACCAUUAGCUGGUUCUUCAGCGGGUGCGAUAGUCUGUGCAGUAAUUGCCUCUGGAGCCACUAUGCAAGAGGCCUUGAAAGCUACCAAAAUCCUAGCCGAAGAUUGCCGGAAUAGAGGGACUGCAUUUCGACUUGGGGCUGUUCUACGGGAUGUUCUUUACAACUUUCUGCCAGAUGAUGCUCAUAUUAGGUCCAGCGGGAGGGUUCGUGUUGCUGUGACUCAGAUUCUCUGGAGGCCUCGGGGUUUACUGGUUGAUCAGUAUGAUUCCAAGGAAGAUCUCAUCAAUGCAGUUUUCACUUCCUCCUUUAUUCCAGGGUAUCUUGCACCAAGGCCAGCUACAUUGUUUCGGAAUAGACUUUGUAUUGAUGGGGGUUUGACGUUAUUUAUGCCACCAACAUCUGCUGCACAGACGGUUCGUGUUUGUGCUUUUCCAGCCAGUAGAUUGGGAUUGCAAGGGAUUGGGAUCAGUCCAGACUGCAAUCCUGAGAAUAGGGCCAGCCCACGAGAGCUUUUCAAUUGGGCACUUGAGCCUGCAGAAGAUUAUGUUCUUGAUCGGCUCUUUGAGCUUGGAUAUCAAGAUGCAGCUGUUUGGGCAGAGAAGAAUCCAGUGGAAGAAGUAGUUGAGGAUGACAAAUCCUUGGUUGGAAAUGGCUCUGCCUCUUCGUGAUGAUGAUUGAUCCCAGACGUUCAACAUCCAUGAUGUACGUACAUAUCAUGGCGUAACCAUCCAAAUUUUUGAAUCCCGCUAUCUCAUUACCGGAUGGACAGGUUUAAUAUUUACCUGCCGUAGCGUACAGGCUUUGCCUACAAAGGGCAGAAUGUGCAUUCCCGUGAUAUAUUAGAUAUUUUAUGCAAGAUUGGUGCAAGUUCAUUGUAAGAUUUUGAGUAAGAGGAAGAAAGGGAUAUAUAAUAAUAUAAAUAGAAAUUAAGAUAAAUAGAAAGAAAAAGGAAAAUAUUGAAUAGUUUUAUUUGA